AGUUCCCCUAUAGUUACAAGGGUUCACUAACCAUGGACCCCAGGAACAGUGCCCAGGAUGUUGUACGCUGCACCCUGUGUCAGGACUCUGUGGCCCCUAUGUACUGUGAAGUUUGUCAUAUACAUCUGUGUAAAGACUGUGUAGAGAAACAUUUCUCUGAUUCCUCUAAAGUUCAUAAUGUGGUGCCACUUAAACAAUAUCUAACCACUUUGAACAAUCCUAAAUGUAGGAAACACCCCACCAAACUAUGUGAACUCCAUUGUGAACAAUGUAACAUUCCUAUUUGUGCAAAGUGUAUUUCCUCAGAAAAGCAUUCAGGACAUAAAAUAGUUGACAUUUUCCAAAGCUUUGAAAGUAAAACAGAAAUUUUACAAAAAGAUUUGCAAGAAUUAGAAAAAUCCAUUUACCUUAAAUACAAAGAGAUUGCAUCCAACAUCCCAGUGCAGAAAGCUGAUUUAUGUAAAAACUCCAAGAAAUUGACAACAGCAAUUGACAAACAAGGAGAAGUCUGGCACAGAGAAAUAGACACCAUUAUCACAAACCUGAAAUCUAACGUGGAGGGAAUGGAAUCCAAACAUCUGGACAUCCUAAAUAAGCAGGAAGAUGAAAUCACACGCACCAUUUCUGAAAUCACACAGACCAUUGCUGAACUGAAGAAGUUACUGAACUCCAAAGAUGUCUACCUUCUCUUCGAGUACAAAUCCAGGAAUGCUGAAUUCAGAAGAUUGCCUCCUAAACUCAAAAUAUCCUUACCAAACUUUAGGCCUCAGAAAAUCCACACAGAUCAGCUGAUUGAACAGUUUGGUUCUCUGUCAGCAUUAUCUUUUACAACAGAUGAACAAGACUACAGCAUGCCGCCCCUGGGAGCCGAGUCCUCUCCCUCAGACCGGUCAUUGAUGGAUGAACCCCGGGUAAUCACAGCUAUAGCCACAGGGCAUGAGUAUAGAGUAUAUGGUGUAACGUGUCUGAAUGAUACAAAGAUCUGGAUGCGUGGUAUGUACAGAAUGAUGAAACUCUUCAACAUGGAGGGUAAACUAGUUGAAUCUAUCAUAACCAAGUCAGGGAAUGCUCCAAAAGACAUAGUAGUGACAACAAACGGGGAUCUAGUUUAUACUGAUAUGGGUUAUAGAACUGUUAACAUAGUGAAAAAUACACAGAUACAGACAGUGAUCAGACUACUGGAGUGGAGACCUCUUGGUGUCUGUAGUGCCUCCUCUGGUGACAUCCUGGUUGUCAUGGUCAGUGAUGAUGAUAAACCAACAAAAGUUGUGCGCUACUCGGGCUCCACAGAAAAACAAAGUCUUCAGUUCAAUGACAAAGGACAACCUCUUUAUUCAUCUGGUGACACUAAAUACAUCAGUGAGAACAGGAACCUGGAUAUCUGUGUGUCAGACUGUGACGCCCGUGCAGUAGUAGUGGUCAAUCAGGCCGGGAAACUCCGGUUUACCUACAACGGUUCUCCCUCUGAUAAAAAGGGAUCAUUUAAUCCACGCGGCAUCGCAACAGACAGCCAGGGUCGGGUUCUGACAGUAGACUGGUACAACCACUGUAUCCACAUCCUGGAUCAGGACGGACAGUUCCUCCGCUACAUUGACAACUGUCAUUUACAGUAUCCAUGGGGUUUAUGCGUGGACACCAGAGACAACCUCUUUGUGGCUGAGGAGCACACAGGUAAAGUGAAGAAAAUACAAUAUUACAUGUAAAUCAACUAACUGUAUCAAUUAUAUGUAAACAAAGCGUGUGAAGUAUACAUUACAUACUGUGUGUAAACAUAAUGUAAACAAACUAUACACAUUACAUGUCAUCAUUUGAUUUGUAUAAGAUAUAAACACGCUGUGUGUGGAUAAUUUAAUGUAUCACACAUAAACUGACCGUGUCUACAAGAUGUAAACAGACUGUUUAUCUGUAUCUGUUUACAUGAGUUUAAUCAUUCCUUUCCUUUAACCUUAUUUGUUUUGAUAUCAUAUGUUUGUAUGUAAACAAAUUGUUCAUUUAAAUUGAUGUUACAUCUCAAGAAAACAGACGAUGUUUAUAAUUUAUAUGUAAACAAACUGUUUGUGUUUAUGUAUCAUAUGUAUAUCAAUUGACCAUACAUGUACAUGUAUAUUAUAGAUAGACAAACUCCUUUUUCUAUUAGAUGUAUAUAAAGUGACUGUUUUUACUGUGCCUAUAAUCUGUUUUCAUUACAUUAGAAUGAAUGGACUGUAUUUGUUACAUGUGGUAAUCAGCAAACUCUGUGUGUCAUGUUUUAAUUACACAAAAUGGGUUAACAGACAGGUAGCACUCAGUUCUUUACCAGCAAUGGAGCGAGGCCACAAAGGGACUGAGGCCAUUUUACUUAUAUAGAGGAGUGAUACCAGUAUAUCAACCUAAUCAAAAUUCAUAUCCAAUGAGACAACUGUUUUGACUUACCUUUAAACCUUUAGAAUUAGAGUAGAUUUUUGAUUUACUGCUAAUCUUGUAUCUUUUGUUCUAACUUAAUAGAAUCGUUUUGUGUGGGAUAUUUUUUCCCUUGUUGUUUUUAUCUGAAAGAUUUUGCAGAACUCCUUACAAGAUUCUAAAAAUGUAUUUAGAUAAUGAGUAUAUUGACAUAACUAUACAUGAUACUGCUUAUGAAUGAUUGAUGAUAAUUUGUUUUUUUAAUAAAACUUUAA